GCUGGGAGGCGUUUUGAUAUUUUAGGGUUCUUGGGCAUUGCGCGGCCGCCAUUAUCGAUCGGCUUCUUGGGCGCGCAGUGGAAUUUUGAAUGGAAUCGAGGAGGCCAGGGCGCUGCGCGUCGCCGACGAGCGAUCAGCUCGUGUUCUUGCAUGUGGAUUGCGAUUGCGAGCGCCAGGGCGAGGGGAAUUGUUCUGCGAUUCUGGCCGGGAGCUGACGGCGAGCGAUGGGGGAAGUAGCCUCUAGAUACCGGCUGCGACGGAGCAAUGCCGCGCUCAUGAUUUUGGCCAUGCUCUGUUUUGGCGUUGCCAGCUUCUACAUCGGCUCCGGCAUCCACAUUCUUCACGAAUCCCAGAACUCCCAGAGUGUUCUUGCGCUGUCGAGCAACUUUACCGAUGGAGAGCUCACGAACCUUGCUGAGAUCCUGACCAAUGCUGCCAUGGACGACAACAAGACCGUGAUUCUAGCACCGCUCAACAGUGCCUGGGCCAAGCCUGGAGGUAUUCUAGACGUGUUUUUGGAGAGCUUCCGUGUUGGCGACGGCACAGUCCCUCUGUUGGAUCACUUGGUGAUCAUCGCUCUCGACAAGGAUGCUUACGACCACUGUCUCGACACCCACAAACACUGCUUCCGGCUAGAAAUCGACGGCGUGGACCUUUCCGUGGACCAGUUCUACAUGAGCCAAGACUACGUGAAGAUGAACAAACGAAGGCUCUACUUCCAGGGAAUUGUGUUGCAGCUGGGAUUCAACUUCAUCUUCACGGACCUUGACAUUGUCUGGCUACGCUCACCAAUCAAACACUUAGCCGAGGACGCUGAUUUCCAGGUGACUUGCGACCGCUAUUCACGCACUACGCCCAACAUGGGGCUCGUCUACGCCCGCUCCAACGAGAGAACCAUACAGCUUUUCAGCUACUGGCAUACGAGGAACGUGAUCGACCACGAGCACAACGAGCAGGAGAUUUUCAUGGAGUUCCGGCACUCUCGCGAGUUCCUGGGCCUGGGAAUCAGGCUGCGCUAUCUUUCCACCAGGUACUUUGGGGGGCUGUGCGACCGGAGCAGCAUGGACAUCAACACAGUGUGCACGAUGCACGUCAAUUGCUGCAAGGGGACUGCUAAGAAAGCCGCGGAUCUCAAGCUCGUCAUCGAGGAUUGGAAGGUGUUUAAGUCGACAACAACGCCUGAGGAGCGCAAGAGGAUUCGUUUCAGGGCCCCGAGGCAGUGCCGGAAGAGUCUAAUCGAGUACCUCCAAUGAUACAAUCCGUGAUAAAGCAGGAAAAGGUUCGCUCACAUCGUCGACAUCGAGGCUCUAUAUUGUCUUCUCAGCAUUUGUACACUUUGCUGGUGGGACACAACACUUAAACUGCGGGGAGGUAAAAAGUUCCUUUGGAUAGCUUCACUGAUUCUUAAUUCUUUUGGCCCAGCAUCGUCUCAUACGGAACAAAAGAAACUCUAGUCCUCUUGUUUACUGUAGUGCCGUGUGCUGAGAAUAUGCAACACUGCGCUUCUAGAUCGUCCUGUGUCGCUGUGAAUUGUGAAUGGCGGAAUUCUGGAGAACGUUAUAACAUAUUAGCGUGAUCCAAAUAGAACAUUUAGAUGAACAAACAGGAAUCUCUGGAUAACAAACAA